AUGGCAGAGGGUGUUAUAAAAACCUCUCAGUCAGUAGAAGGUAAGCAACUGUCUUCAUCAACACUAGUUAGAAAGUGAAUUACAUAACACAGCUAUGUAAACAUUAUUUUGUUGUUUGCAAGGAGUAGAAAGUGGGAUUUAGAGGGGUAGGAAGUGUUAACACCAACACCAUGAUGUUAGGAUUAUAUUUUGCUGAGGUCUGCUGGUCUGUUUUGGGCUUAAAAUACUGUCAAGAGUCAGUCUGGGUGAAGUGACUUUACUCAUAUGGAUCAGCUGACUUAAUACUCCCACAAGCCCACCAUUUUCUUUAUAACUUGAAAUUAAAGGUAAUGGUUAAUGUGUCAUCUUAAUUUUAUUGCAGUUGUGGACAAACCACUUGAAGGCAAAAUAUCACGUGAACUUUUUCAGAAGUUUGAAUCAAAUUCUAGUCCGGCUCGGCCCCAGUCCUUACCUGAUGAGCAUUUCCGAAUGAGUGCACAGUCUUUUACAUCAAGCUCUGAUGAAAAUACAACAUCACAUGAAAACUUGAAAGAAGGGAAAAAGCAUGUAAAAAUAAAAGCGCAAGAUACAAGUGAAGAACACCUGUCACCCAGUAGUACUGAAGAAGAGAUUCUUUCAGAUGAAGAAGCAGGCACCAACAAGAAGAAAAAGAAACGAAAGCUGAGAUGGAAAUGGAGUCCAUUCAAGAAGAUGAGGAGACUCUUUCGACACAGGAAAAGUCCUACAAGAGUUAAGUCUUGUGAAGAACUCCCAACAGGAUGCUACAGUUCUACUAAUCUGCCCUCAGAGGAUAGUGGUUCCUUAAUGAACCGAGCUAAAUCAGAAUCUUCUCUAGUGGAAACCAAAACCAAGACUUCUUGUGCUGACAUAGAGAUACAUGAAAGGAGUUGCAAUGUUGGUAACCCUGUGGACAGAACAAAGAGUGAUUCAAGUGAGGUAAGCAACACAUUAGAACAAGUUCCAUCAAACAAACAUUUUAAUAUGAAGCAACAGAUGAAAAACAUACUAGUUAAUUAUAUUAUUGCUGUAUAAAUUAUUUAUACUAGUUUAAUAUCAAAAUUUAUAAUAAUUAAGAAAAAAAACAUCAAAGGUAAUCAAAGAGAGAUUUUUCAAAGAAAAAAAAAUUUAAAAAGUAUUAAAAACUGAGACAAAUGAUGUAGAUGCCAAUUUGAUAGGAAAAAUGCAUUGGCAUUCAAAAUUUAUUACAAGCUAGGUUGAUGUGGCUGGGUAUGGCUGCAGUAAUACUGUGAAACCAGUAUUAGGGGGACACCCACAGGACCUGGUGUCCACUUAGUACAGGUUUGUUUUACUUAAAAUGUGAGGGAAAAUAUUCGAAACCUGAUCAAGGCUGUGCUGUAGCAGAGCCCACUGUCUCGGGGACUUGGAAAUUUUCCUUUUUUCAUGCAAAUCAUAUGCUGGGCCGCACCCCAGGUUGUACAGGUUCAGAGCACUGGGCUUGCUUGACUUCUUAUUAGGGCACAGCCUUGAACCUAAUUACUGGUAGGCUAUUUGUUUAACUGUAUUACCAGGGUUUUCUUUAAGGUUUUAAGUAGGCAGAGUUUUCAGAAAGUUGUGGGUAAGGAGGACUCAUAUGAUGGGCUUUACCUGGAAAAUUUUUGAAAAUUGAAUGCUGGAAAACACAUUUCCUGGCAUUUUGGGUUGUGAAACUUUGACAUUAGAGGGUUGAAUUAAGCUGCAAUUAUACUAGUUUUAGUUUAGUGGUUGAACUGUCACUCUUGACCUUCCAAAUAAUAUCCUUUUACAACUUGCUACUUCAUGACGUUCAUUUGACAUUCAUUUUGCCCAUAUUUUGGUCGAUUUACUGGCAAAUUGAUACUUAUUUUCUCAGUCGUUUUUUCAAAGGUGGGUACAUACCUUCUCUUUUGUUAUUUCAUUUUCGUUUGAGAUACUGGCCGAUAGUCAUGCAGGAAAACUCCUCUUUCCCAGUUCCCUGUUCGCACUAAUUAUGCAUUCAUAUCUUGAUAUCCAAUAUGGCAGACAACAAAUUUUAUUGUAUGUACUUUCCUGCCACCGCAGCAAGAUUUGUUAAAAAAGGUAGUCUCAAACAUAACGUUUCUACACUGUCCUUGAGUCAGAAAUCUUUUUUAUGUUUUCUGAAGUAAGGAAAGUAGCUGGUGAAACCUUGCAGAGAAGGUGGCGAACUUUGCCAGCUGCCAGCUCUUAUCUACAACCCUGGUAUAACAAAAGUUGUAAUGUAGAGUAUUCUGUCGUCUUUUCUGACAUGUAUUAUUCAGGGUAUUGGCAAAUUAUUAAAGGACUUGAAACAUGUUGAAGACAAAAGCCAAGAGGACAUCAUUGAAGAUGCAACUAUGACAUCAGAUGAAAGAGAAAGCCAAGCAGGCUCCACAGCUCUGGACUGGAGUAUAAGAAGUUCUGACAGUGUUGCUGAGAGUAUGUUUAUCAGUUUUUUCUUAUCUUUAUAAAGCUUAAUAAACACCAUGUGCAUCCUUUUUGAAAAAACAGCCAAAAUCGUUUUUGCCAGUAACAGCUAGACUGCAGGCCGGUUUUUCAGGAUUAGGGAAAACAAACAAGCUGAGAAAUGAACUGGAGAGAGUCCUUUCCAUCCAUCUAAAUUCCUUUGCUUGCACAUACUUUAAUAUGUUUGCUGUUGUGUAUGGACAAUCACUUGUGUAUAGACGAGCCCUGUGUUAGGAGCCUUUUGUGAUUGACUUUCUCUCAUAGGCAAACAACCAGCCGUAUCAUUUUGGUUGGUCGCUUUAGGAAAGGUUCACUUCAUCAGCCUCUUUCCAUAAUUUCCAACAGCUUAACUAGAUAUGAAACUGGAUAUAAAGGGGCCGAACUGCUGGGGCCUCUGAAAAGAAUAAUGAAAUAAAAUCUUUGCUGUAUCACGGUGGCCUAUACUUUAACCUGCACAUUUGACCUUGGUGACGUGCAUUUUUUACCAACCGUUGAUAGUCCAUACUCACAUGGUUGCGUAUUGUUGUGUCAUCGUGAGAAUAGUCCAGACUCGUUCAAAAUCGUCUCAACAUUUCUUUUGUUCUCUCAACAUAGAAGCCGUUUGAAACCGCUUUUUUGGCCCUGCCUGGUGUCUCUGUCUCUUAACAUUCUGUCACGAUUCUGUGCAUUUAUAGUGCUGCAUACGUCAUCAUGCCUAGUAGAAAGUCAUAAUUAUCUCAUCCUCACCCUAGAUACUUUUAAAUCUCGAAAAACAGUUUUUCGGUGGAUCAAGUCUUAUUAGUUACCAAAAAAUAUGUAUAUAAUAUGUAUGGAGAAGCCACUCAGAUUACUGAGCCAACUAAUAAAACUGAAUAUGCCCUCGUGUUUUUCAGCCGCUGUCAGUUUUGAGGAUCUCCCAAGCACUUCGUCGCUUGAAGGACUACAAGCUGCGCAUGACAGAAUCAAAGUAGCCCCAAAACACCGCAGGCCGCCUACUAAGGUCCGCUUCAACAGCUCCUCUAUGAACCCCCUCAAUAGUGGUAAAAUGAAACCACACAGGCGAUCUAAAACUGAUCCUAAAGAUUUUACUGUGAAACCUAAAGUGGAAAGUAACUCCAGUUCAGAUGUCACUACAGCAAUUUUUAAGUCUCAAGAAACCAAUGAGGAGCAGAGAAAGGAAAAGCAUUUUGCUGAUUUGAAAGCAAAAGCUGAAAGUGUUAUUACCAACUCAUCACCAACAAAAACUGAAAUGCUUGUGAGUGACAAGGAGGGAAAAGACCUCAAAAAAGAACAGAAAGACAAACAGAACUGUGCAAAAGACGGCUCAGCUGAUAGUGAGAUGAAACACAAUAAAGAAAACCAGACGGACAGCAAAAACAGGCUGGUUCAUGAAAAUACAGAGGAAAAAAAGUUUGAAGACAAGAUUCUUAAAGAACUCAACAACAAGAAUGAAGAAUAUAGACUUAGCUUGAAGAAAAGAUCGGAAUCUCUCGACGUCAUAAAACCGAAAAGCAAAUCAGGAUCAGAGCCGAUUUGUCCGGACACUGGGGCAGAAAGCGCUGAGCCCCAGAAAAGGAGAACAGCUUUGAACAGCUUCGAGUCCAAAGAAAAAAGCCCAGAUCGUGACUUAAAAGUCAGGAAACAGUUAGAAAAUGAAAAGCUAGUUAAAACUUCAGUUUGCAGGGAAAAUCAACCCGCCAAUCUUCCCACCAAUAAUGUGUCUAUUAGCAAAAUGGAACCCGUAGUUUCCACAUCAACAGGCUUGGAUGAAAAAAGUUCACUGGGUUCAAAAGCGAGCGCGGGCAAGGAAACGAAUUCAGAGCAAAAAGCGGGAUUCAGACCUGCCAUGAAAAAAAGGUCAGAAUCCCUCGACGUCGUAGAAACAAAAGGUAAAUCAGGACCAGAGAUUGGUUCGCAUACUGGUGCAGUAAGCAAGCCUCAAGUGAGAAGAGGGUUUUCUUUGGACAGCGUCGAGUCUACAGAAAAAAGCUCUGACUUCAAAGUCAGAAAACUAGUGAUGGAAAAAGAAAAACUGGGUGGAACUUCGGUUUGCAAAAACAAUCAAUCCGCCAAUACUCAGACAAAAAACCAAACGGAAGUUAAUUUGGAUGAAAAGAAUUUACUAGGUCCAAAAGAGAGCGACAAGGAAGCAAGUUCGAUACAACCUUCCUGGGUAGAGCUUGCCAAUCAAAAAAGCAAGAGACUUUCACAACUGCUUAAUGAAGAUGUCAAGGAAACCAACAGUCAGGUAAAAGCAAGGUGUCAUCGUUAUGUUAGUAUUUUUAAAAACUACAAGGUACUCUACCUUUAGCGGGCUUAUUUUAAUGCCACAUUCAACACUGGAUUUGUUUGUGUUGCUUCAGUUACAUUUGAUAUGGAGCUUAUCUCCCUGUUGGACCUUAUUGUCGCUUGAGAUAGAUAUGUUUCUACUGACUGGGCUUUCUGCUCUUGUACUUUUGAUAAGGAAAUGUAUUAGUAUGUUAUUUCAUUUUUUUCUCCCUACCAUGUUUUCUUAAAUGGUAACUCGCUGUGUCCAUUUCUCGUUUUAGGUGUCACCAAAAGUGGGUACUGAAUUUCAAUCUACUUCCAAUUCUGCCGCUAGUAAUAGCGAUAAAAAACCGCUUCCACGUGUUAAGGAAAAACCGGCUGUACCAGCUAAAAAGGAGGGAUUAUCCAACAAGGUGAAGCCACCAAAACCUGAUCCAAGCAGCAAAAGAUUUUAUGGAAAAGUUGAGAAUAAGGCACCGAUUUCUAAUCCAUCCAGUCAUGAAAUGCUCGAUGCGGACUUGAAAAGAACAGGCUUACCAGUCAAAGCCGCUUGCGGUGCGGACAAGUGUGUGGUAUGCGGGACAGCGGUAUAUCAAAUGGAGAAGUGUAGCUUGGAUAACUGGGUACUUCACCGUCAUUGUGUCAAAUGCACAGUCUGCAAACGACUCUUGACAGUUGGGAACUUUGUUAUGGCUGAAUGUAAAGUGUACUGUAAACCGCAUGCUAAAGCAGUUACUGUUUCCAUGUAG